CAUUUUUUAAUAUUCAGAUAAACCAUCACCCCUGCUAAAGCCAAACACCAACAACGUGUCUGUUUCUUUUUUAUUUAGAUUUAUAUUUUUAGCUAUUUACGACCUUGAUUUUCUUCGAAUGGCAAAUUUUGACCCGAAUGAACAUCCUCACAUAAGAUUUAACCCUUUAAAGGAUGAAUGGGUAACAGUUUCUCCACAUCGUAUGAAGCGACCAUGGCAAGGACAAGUAGAAAAACCUCAGGAAUCUGAAGUUCCAAGAUUUGAUUCAAAGAAUCCUCUUUGUCCAGGAGUUACCAGACCAAAUGGAAAAGUUACUCCAGAAUAUGACAGCACAUAUGUAUUUACAAACGACUUUCCAGCAUUACUUGAGGAAGGACCUGAACCAGCUCCAAGUGAUGAUCCGUUAUUCCAAGCAGCCGCUGGAUUUGGAACAUGUAAAGUGAUAUGUUUUCAUCCUCACUCUGAUGUCACCCUGCCAAUCAUGUCCAAAGAGGAGGUACGAGCUGUGAUUGACAAGUGGGCAGAGAUUAAUGUAGAUCUGGGGAAGAAAUACACAUGGGUGCAGAUUUUUGAAAAUAAAGGUAGUAUUAAUGGAUGUUCUAAUCCACACCCUCACUGUCAGGUUUGGGCCAGUUCCUUCUUACCUAAUGAACCAAUGGUAAAAGAUAGAACACAGAAACAGUAUUAUACAAAACAUGGAGCACCAAUGUUAGUAGAUUAUGUUAAAAAAGAACUUCAAAAACAGGAGAGAAUAGUUUUACAGAAUGAUCAUUGGGUGUGGUUAGUACCAUACUGGGCUGUGUGGCCUUAUGAAACCAUGCUAUUACCACGACGACAUGUACUUAGGAUAGAAGACUUAACAAGUGAAGAAAGAGAUGCUUUAGCGGACAUAACCAAAGAAUUGUUGACAAAGUAUGAUAACAUGUUUGAAGUUUCUUUCCCCUAUUCCAUGGGAUGGCAUGGUGCACCAACAGGACCACAAUUGAAGGGAGAUAAUCAACAUUGGCAGUUACAUGCCAUGUAUUAUCCCCCUUUAUUGAGAUCAGCAACAGUCAAGAAAUUUAUGGUUGGCUAUGAAAUGUUGGCACAACCUCAGAGGGAUCUUACAGCUGAACAGGCAGCAGAGAAACUCAGAAACCUACCAGAUAUACAUUACAAACUUAAAUAAUAAGACUUUUGUGUAAUAAAAAAAAGGCAGGUUUUUGUGAAACAAAAUUAGGAGGGAAGACUUUUGAAGAGAAUAAUAUAUUGUUAUGGCAAUCAUUUGUAUAAAUUAUUAAUUGUGUUGGCAGACUUUUGUAGAAAAAAAAAUGUGAUGGGUUCUAAUAUGAUUUUCUUUAUGGCUUUAUAACAAAGCCAUGUUCUAAUUCAAAUAAAACAUUGGCUGCAAGUGAUUGACGUCACAUUCCAAUCAAAAUUACAAUGUGUGCUGUGUUUUGAUAAAAACAGAAAAUGGAAAAUUUCGCUAGCUAAGAAAUUAAAUAAAAUCAUUCUAAAAGUAA